AGAUACACACUUAAAUAUUUAUCUAUUCCGCCUUUAGUCGAGACUUCGUCUAUACCAUGGGAGAAUCACGAUAAUGCUGUAUCGUCUGUUACUGCCGCGCAUAAAAUAGUUUUUUUAGAGUCGAUCCCGAUACUUGACCACAUGUUCGUUGCGCUCUUGGCCACGCGCACGCUUUCGAAAGAAGUACAAGAAGUCGCGCUGAUAGAAAUCGUGCUGCUUGCUCAAGAUCAGCACACAACUGUGAGCGAUAAGUGACGGACCGAGAAGCCGAGAACAGUGAAACGAAUAAGCUACGAUAUAUAAAUACUAGAAUUGGGUACACAGACCAAGCAUCCAGUAUCAUUACCUCAGAAAAAGGACACUUAUUUCAAGGAACAUAAUGAAAAAAGCAUCGAUUUUUUUCGUUCUGAUUGCCAUCAUCAUCGGCCUAUUACAACUAUAUCUACCAAACAAGUACAACAACCUUUACGGCAAUGAUACAGAUGGAUCAAGGUUAAUGAAUGUAUUAAGACUGGGCACGGGAAUCUGGAAUUUUUGGAAACAGAGUCAACGUUAUUCAGCCGAACAAGUACCGGACAUGACACCGCAAUCCGGAGACACGUACGAUUUCAUAGUGAUUGGCGCUGGAACUGCUGGUGCGGCUAUAGCCUCGAGAUUGAGCGAGAUUUCUUCGAUCAAAGUGUUACUGAUCGAAGAUGGACCUCAUGAAAGCUUAUACAUGGAUAUCCCGCUAUUAGCUGGUGUUUUACAAAAAACCAACAUCAAUCGAGAUCAUCGAAGCAAGCCAUCCGAUAAGUACUGUCAAGGUAUGAAUGGCAAAAAAUGCGCUUUAUCAACAGGAAAAGUAGUUGGUGGUAGCAGUGUAUUGAACUAUAUGGUCGCCAACAGAGGAAGCAGCGAUGAUUAUGAUCGUUGGGCCGAGAUGGGAAACGAUGGCUGGGCAUACAAGAAUAUUCUGAAGUAUUUUAAAAAAUUAGAAACAAUACACGUACCAGAGCUAGAAUCGGAUACUGUUUAUCAUGGUACCGAUGGACCAGUGCACAUCAGCUACCCAGAAUUUCGCACGCCGUUGGCAAAAACAUUUCUCGAAGCAGGCAAAGAACUGGGAUAUCCAAUAGUAGAUUACAACGGGAAAAACGAAAUAGGUUUCUCAUAUUUACAGACCACGACUUUUAAAGGUACUCGCAUGAGCAGCAAUAGAGCAUACUUGCAACCCAUACGCGAUCGCAGCAAUCUUCAUUUGACUGUUGAGAGUACGGUGACAAAAGUGCUGAUCGAUCGUGCUACAAAUCGAGCAAUCGGUGUAAAGUUCGUAAAAAAUGAUAAAAUUAUACGUGUGUUUGCGAGUAAAGAAGUGAUUCUAUGCGCAGGCGCUAUCGGAUCAUCACAAUUGUUAAUGCUGUCGGGUAUUGGACCAGCGAAACAUCUUACCAAAUUAGGUAUUGAUGUCGUGCAAGACGCGCCAGUCGGCGAGAAUCUUAUGGAUCACGUAGUCUUUUUUGGAUUAACGUGGACAAUAAAUGCAUCAAUAAGUAUACUAAUGUCUGAACAAUUAAAUCCUAUUAAUCCAUAUUUAACGGAUUUUUUAUUAAAGCAAAAGGGACCAUUCACGUCUAUUGGUGGAUGCGAAGCCGUCGGAUUCGUCAAUACAAAACAACCAGAAAAACAUAAUGGUCUGCCGGAUAUCGAAAUGUUGUUUCUCAGUGGUUCAUUUAAAGAAAACUACGUUUUUCCAGAAAUGUUAGAUCUGAAAAAAUCUGUACGUCAGGAAUGGAGCAAAUACGUUGGCACGUAUGGUUGGAGCAAUGGGGUAGUAUUGUUGAAACCAAAAAGUCGUGGUCGGAUAACGCUAUUGGCUAACGACAUUAAUGUUAAACCAGAGAUUGUGUUAAAUUAUUUUGACGAUCCAGACGAUAUGAGGACAAUGAUCGCUGGUGUUAGAACUGCAAUACGUUUCAGUCAAACGAAGACAAUGCAGGCAUUAGAUUCUCAGUUGCUAAAAAUUAAUUAUACUGAAUGCGACAAUUAUGAAUAUGAUUCUGAUGCUUAUUGGGAAUGCCAAUUAAGGUUAUUAAGCUCCACGAUUUAUCAUUAUUCUGGAACUUGUAAAAUGGGAGCAAGGGGAGAUCCAACUGCUGUCGUCGAUCCUAAAUUAAAGGUAAUUGGUGUUCAAGGAUUACGAGUAGCAGAUGCAUCGAUCAUGCCAGAAAUUGUAGCGGCACAUACAAAUAUACCUGUUUUUAUGAUCGCGGAGAAGGCGGCAGAUCUGAUCAAAGAAGAAUGGAAUUACUUGAAGAAAUUGUGACAAAGAUAAACUUUUAUAAACGUAAUGUGAAUAAUGACUUUAUAGGACGCCGUGUAUAUGUAUAUCUUAGACUAUUCUAUAUGUAACACCAAUUGUUGCGGAAAGUUUUCAGAAAGAUCUCAACCAUUGUUGGCCAUUUUUUUAUUUAAAUUAAUAUGACAAGUAAGUCACAGACUAACAGAGACGACCUGUAAGUAACAAAUAAAAACCGAUCUAAGUUGAACA